CAACUGAGUCACUGUCCACUAACUAAAUAUGGAGAUGGUUUUCCACGAAGAACAACCUGAAAUCUCUGUGUAUCAGAACUUCAGAGCUGCUUCAUCCAGGGGAGAUGCAUCAAAGAGCUGCUCUGGUGAAAACAGUAAAGUCACUGCUGCAACAUCUGGAUUUAAACUCUUCAGGCUGGUUGCUCUGAGUUUUGGACUCCUGUGCAUCCUACAGGCUGUUCUCAACAUUUCCCUGCAUCUGACUCUCACUUCACAGCGUAAUUCAUUGAGAGAAGAGAGAGACCAGUUAAAGGCCAACUCUGACGCGCUGAACGGAACCAUGUACGAUGCUGAGGCCAGGUACAAAAGUCUUGCAGAAGAAAGAGAUAUGCUGAAAAGGAAUCUGACUAUCAGCAAUUUACAGCAUGAUUCACUGAUUCAACAGACAGAAUACUUGACGAGGCAGCUGAAUAUUUUAGGUUCACAGCAUGUUUCACUGACUCACGAGAGAGACAACUUGGAGAGGCGGCUGUUUGUCUUAAAUUCAAAACAUGAUUUGCUGACUCAAGAGAGAGAAAAGUUGAAGAGGGAACUAAGUAUUUUAGCACAACAUUUUGGAUGGGUCCAUUUCAGUGACAGUGUCUAUUAUGUUUCUUCUACCAUGAAAAACUGGCAAGAAAGUAGAGAUGACUGCAUUCAAAAAGGUGCAGAUCUGGUAAUUAUCAACAGCAGAGAAGAACAGAAUUUCGUGGUACAAUUGCAGAAGAACUUGUGGAUUGGGCUGACUGAUGCAACAAGAGAAGGGGUGUGGAAAUGGGUGGAUGGGACUCCACCAAACAUGAGCUACUGGAGUACUCAUGAGCCUAAUGGUGCUACAAAUGAAAACUGUGUGGAGGUGAAUAAUUUUUAUCAGGAAAAAAGCUGGAAUGAUGUAGCAUGUUCCAGUCAACACUACUGGAUAUGCGAAAAGAAAGUUUCUCCAUAAUUCUGUAUGCAAACCGACCAUACAUGAUGGAAAAAGGGGCACUUGCAUGCACUUUUUUUUUUUUAUGCAACAGGUUGAAAGAAACAAUGGUAGAUCUCCAGAUAAACAACCUGAAUAUGUUAAUGUGCAUAUGAAGAUAAUUUUCAAAUUUGCUGGCUUGGUGUAGCAUUAAAAGUUAUUGAAAAGCUUCACAUAAUAAACUAAUGUGCAUCAAGAGUCACUGCUUUGCUUCCAAAAUUAAGAUUUUAAUAAUGAUGCAUGCCUUUCCUAAUCUCUAAAUAAAUGGAUUCUGUUUCCUCAUUAGUUGUAAAUGUCUCCUUUAAAGUAACCCUUUCGUGAAAAUUAUUUUGUUGUUGUUUUUACCUUAGCUAGUCAAAUAAUGUUUUUUUUUUAAGUACUAGAAGAGACAUCAGUGUGGCUGCAUUCGAUUGAGGACAGUAGGAGGCUGAAACAUCAUAGAGGAGUGAACGGAAAGCAGCUGUUUUGUCAGGCUUUUGUGAACUAAAUGUUUUUGUUAACCUCAAGAUUUCAAUGCCAGAGUCCUGCUGGACUUUUGACCAUUUCUGAGGUUUAACUGUUGGACUUUGUGAAAAAAUGUUUAGAGAAGUUUACUCAAAAUCUCUCUAAAAUAUUUUAAAUAUGGUCAUCAACUUUAACUACAAAUAGGUUAAAAAAAAACAACAACAAAAACAAACAAACAAAAAGAAACAUGUAAAUUAGAUAAUUUAGUCUUCAGUUUUUUUUCACUUCAUAGCCUCUAAGGUCCAUAAGUUUUGAUAACCAGCUCAGCCACAAACAUGAUCUGUCAGGUCCAAUCAGAAGUGCACUUUCAUGUUAGUGUGUGACUGUGAAAUCAAUUUAGAGCACAAUAUUUCUUUAGUAUGAUCAUUUUAAACCUCAUUCAAGUUAUGUAUUGUUAUGUGUUAUGUAUUCUCUUGUGAGAAACAGAAUGUCCUAUAUGUUUGCAAUAUGUUAAAAAGUCUGAAAAUAAAAGCAGCUCUUGAGCCAUAUUUUGUCAUGAGCUCACUCCAGCCCCUGCCUGGCUCCUUCUUUCUCCCUCCCUCUCCCUCUUCUGCCCGUCCUGUCCUGCCUGCAACCUACUGAUUGCAGAGAUUGGAGACAGCUGUGGUGAUCAGCUCACCUGUUCUCAAUCACAAUUCCUUCAAUUAAAAACUCAGUUCAUUCAUUCACUCUCUGCCAUACCAUAGCCUCUGCUUCCACUGUAUUCCUGCCAGGCCCUCCAGACUGCUUUCCCUGAGUGGCUGCUUCCUGGCGGUCCUGCAUCAGCCGAACACUCGAUGACCCAAUCCUGCCUUGCCUGCCGCUAGCUCCGCUUCAGCUUUUCACCUUUCACCAGCUCCAGCUCCUCUCACCAGACCCUGGAUUCCCCGAGCCUGCCUGCCCUUUUAGUUUAGUUCCCCCUGUCCCAUGAGUAUCCCCGUUUGGUUGGUCUAGAUUUAGUUUAUUCUUUUCAGAUUGGUUUCUGUUCUGUUUGGGAGUGAGUGCUGUUCCUUGGUUUUUGUUGUUUUGCCUAUUUUCAUGAAUUAAGGUUGGUCAGUCUCAGUUUAGUCUUCCUCCCAGUUAUCCAGCCUGAGUUUCUUUUUCCCUACUUGGUUACAUGAGUGUGCCUUCUUAUUAGCUGAGGUUAUAUUUAGUUCCUGAGAGUGUUUUGUUAGGUUAACCCUGCUGGUUUCCCCAAUUGUUCUAUCUUUGGGGUUUGUUUGAAUAAAUUCUGAUUCACCUGAACAAAUCUGUCUGACUGAUCUGUGUCCUGGGUUCCCAGACCCCGCUGUGGCAUAUUAAGUGUCAGAUGGUCAUUAUUUUCAUUUCAAUUUUGCUUUG